CUGCUGUCCUAGCCCUCUUGGUGGUGGUUGCUCCGGCGGUCCAAGCAGUGCAGCACACGGUUGGCGGCACCAGUGGGUGGAGCCAGACUACAGAUUAUAGCACUUGGGCUGCCGGAGCAACUUUCACUGUCGGCGAUACACUUUUGUUCAAUUAUGGAAGCAGUCACAGUGUGGCAGUAAUGAGCCAGAGUGACUACAACAGUUGCAACACAGGCAAUGCCAUCAACACCUACAAUGGUGGCCAAACCACCAUCACCCUUGACAAACCUGGUUCCAUGUACUUUGCCUGCCCUUCUUUUGGCCAUUGUCAAGGUGGCAUGAAGAUGGCUAUCAACGUCGUGGCGGCCACCUCCUCCACCACCACCCCAAGUUCUGGCUCAUCACCAACCACCCCAGCGGGUUCUACUUCUCCGGCAACUCCCACCACUGAGCCCUCCACCACACCUGCGAUCACCACCACCACCACCACACCACACCCAUACAGUGGAGCAGCAGGGAGUUUUGGGAGCAUGAAUCUCGGGUUUUCGAUAGGUCUGGCUGGCUUGGUUGCCUUCAUGGGCUAGGCAAGAGGCAGUGCUAUUAUUGAUCUCUGUUUCUUUUUCUUUUCUUUUUUUUCUUUUUUUUUAUAUUGGAAUCGUGUGGUUGGUUUUGUGAUUAUUAUGAGAUGUAUAAUUUCAUGUUUAUAUUGUUUUGUUUCGUAAUUUCUUUGUCUUCUUCUUCAGAUGUGCUCAUGGCCAGCCAGCCUGUGACAUAUGCCCGAGUUGUAGGUAGAUGUUGUAAUUUAAUGCCUAUUUUUAAGUACCCUUCUACCAAAA